AUGGAAGUGUGUGUGCUAAGCCAGGACUGGGUUUUUGUAUCUGUUCACCAUUCCCACUCAGGGCAAGAUGGCAAACCUGUUUUUAUACCUCCUGGUUGUUUUAGCCCUGUGCCAUCCGUGGGUGACCGCGCCGAGGGGCGAUGGCUCCGUGCAGAGCCGCGGCAGGGACGGGCUGUGAGGCGCAGCAGCUCUGCCUCCCCUGCCUGCAGCACCAAUAAAAGGAUGGAAACCCCACUCACCAGGUUCCCUCUGCUUCUGACUCAGCCCCUCAGCUCCCUCGGCCGGGGCCGCACCGCUGGGGUCACUCUGGCUGGGAAACACGGCCAGCUUCGGCUGCUCUCGCUGCUCCUUCCGCUGGGAGGGACAGCCUCUCCUGGGCAGCUCUGCUCCUGGCAGGGAGCAGGGGACAGGGGGCAGGGGCUGGCUGCCCUCAGCUCAUGGCAGGGAGCAGGGAGUGAGCAGGGGCUGCCCUCAGCUCAUGGCAGGGAGCAGGGAGUGAGCAGGGAGCAGGAGCUGCCCUCAACUCAUGGCACAGGGAGCAGGGAGCAGGGGCUGCCCUCAGCUCAUGGCAGGGAGCAGGGGCUGCCCUCAGCUCAUGGCACACAGGGAGGGAGCAAGGGCUGCCCUCAGCUCAUGGCACACAGGGAGGGAGCAGGGGCUGCCCUCAGCUCAUGGCACACAGCAGGGAGCAGGAGCUGGCUGCCCUCAGCCCUUGGCCCCUGCGGGGUCUUGCAGCGCUGUCGGCGCAGCUGCAGCAGCCCAGAAAUCCUGCAGGGAUCGCUCAGGGCCUUCUGCCCAGCCCCUGGCAGAGUCUCAGCAUGCAGCGGGCCCGGGCCGUGCUUGGGUGUCGCUGUUCCCGCACGCCGGAAUUCCUGCGGAGGCAGCCGGGAGCACUGCUCCGUGCUGGGGCGGCUCCAGCGCCCCGGCCAGAAUCUCUUCCCUGUUUUCAUUGAUUCCAUAGUUUUCGCCGUUGCCUCCCUCAGGCUGGCUCUUGGUGAGAUCACGGUUUGUGCCCUCUGAGGUGGCACCCCCAGCCCUUGGGAAGAGCAGGCUGUGUUCGCUCUUCUCCCGGGUUUUGGCCCCAGACCUGUUUGGCUUUGUGUGGCUGCCCGGCAGGAAACUGCCCUGGCUGGCCUGGUGGUGCUGCCCAGCUGGGGCAGAGCAGGGAGAGGCUGGUUCAGCCUGCUGCUCCUCCUGCUCUGCAGUCUGAAAGAUUUCACUUGUUCAGGUGAGGUUUUUUCAGAUGUUUGGCAGGUGCCCACCCGCAAAAAUGCAUUCAUGGCCCAAAAUGUUCAGAACAAAACAAUAUCUGGUGAUUUUAUUGCAAGAAAUCACUGGAUUACAUCAGGAGAAGGCAGAGGCAGUAAAAGCUGAGAAGGCAUUCAUCAUCUCCACCAAGCAGCUCCCAAAAGGGUGCACUUGCAGCUGUUAAAGAAAAAUGAGACAAUCUUAUUCUUAGUUUUUCACAUGCUGUUAAAUUGACUUUUGUACUUUCAUGACAAGGCAUAAAAGGCAGCACAUAAUGUGCUGGAACCUGCUCAGCAGCAGCAGGCAUUGAGCUCUUGACAGGCCUGCCUUUGUGCCUGGGAGCCCAGAACGGGCUGCAGCUCCCUGGCAGCCGGGAUGCUCCCUGAGCCCCGUGCAGGCAGGGCUGCCGGGGGUGCCCGUUGUCUCCAGCCCCCCGCGCGGGGCACCCAGCAGGAUUUGUUCAGCCUGCCCCUCCUGCUCGCCCUGCUGCUCCCUGCUGCUCUGCUCGGCCCUUCCCGUCAGGCGCUGCCCCUCACCCUCAGAGCCCUUUGUGCUGGAGCUCUUGGUGCUUUCCCUUUGUGCUGCCAGCUGGGGUCAGCGCUGGCAGGUUUGGUGGGAGCUGGGGUCAGCGCUGGCAGGUUUGAUGGGAGCUGGGGUCAGCGCUGGCAGGUUAAAUGGGAGCUGGGGUCAGCGCUGGCAGGUUUGAGGGGAGCUGGGGUCAGCGCUGGCAGUUUGAUGGGAGCUGGGGUCAGCGCUGGCAGGUUUGGUGGGAGCUGGGGUCAGCGCUGGCAGCUUUGGUGGGAGCUGGGGUCAGCGCUGGCAGGUUUGGUGGGAGCUGGGGUCAGCGCUGGCAGCUUUGGUGGGAGCUGGGGUCAGCGCUGGCAGGUUUGGUGGGAGCUGGGGUCAGCGCUGGCAGGUUUGGUGGGAGCUGGGGUCAGCGCUGGCAGGUUUGGUGGGAGCUGAGGUCAGCGCUGGCAGGUUUGAUGGGAGCUGGGGUCAGCGCUGGCAGGUUUGGUGGUUUAUCCCGCUGUCAUGGCUAGUGCGGAGAGGGAGGGCGUUCACGCUAAACCCACUGCAGGUGCCGAGAGGAAACCUGGCUGGAAUGGUUGGGAAGGGCUGAACUCCAUCGGGAAUCCUCUGGAUGGAGACAAAACCAUUCCUUCCAUCCCUUCUCUGGGUGUGGGCGCUGUGCUGGGCCCUGGCGAGCUGGGAUGAGCAUUCCAGGGACAGCUCUGGCCCUGCUGGGCAGUCCUGGCUGCUCUGCGGUGGCCGUGCUGUCCCCAGGUCACCCGCGGCAGCGGCAGCAGCAGCCGCCUGCAGCCGGGCCUGCCGGGGGCUCCCUGCUGCUGGGGCAGCCCUGCAGCCCGGGCGGGCACCUCCUCCUGCCGGCAGCCGUGCAGCUCCUGCAGCUCCUGCAGCUCCUGCAGCUCCUGCAGCUCCUGCUCCCUGCGGGGCCCGGAGGAUGUGACCCGCCCCGCGCUGCUCACAGCCCGAGGACUGCUGUCUCCCCCAGAGAACGGCUCCUCAGGAGGGGCUCUCUCACUCCUGUGUCCCUCCCGGCCCUCGCUCCCCCCAGGAUAGGUCCUGAUCCCCGAUUUUCACACAUUUACCAGUUUUGGUCCAUUUCCAUCCUGGGGUUCAGUGUCCAGUCCCAGCUCCGGAUGAUGCAGUCCCUCCCUCCCAGUCUGCUCUCCUCCAUCCCCUGCUGUUGGCACUGUUAGGGCCUGGGGUGCAGCCGUGCCCUUGGUUCUGGCAGGAGCAGCGUUGUUCUGUGUGCCGGAGCUGCGAGGAGAGCUGCUGGCGCUGUGAGGUCAGUGCAGAUCAGAGUGGGCAGGAGGAGAGCUCAGACCUGAGGGUCACCGCGGCUGGGACGUGCUGCCCCCGAGCUGCUCCCCAGGCCAGCCGUGCUGUGGCAGUGUCACCUGGCGAGAGCUGAGGGCCCCAGGGCUGGGCUCUGCCGGCUGCGGCCGUGCCUGGAGGGUGCUGCGUCCCCCGGCCGUGCAGGACUCGUACACCAGCCCCAGCUGGCGCUUCCUGCCUCCAGUGCAUCUCUCUGACCUCUUGGCGGGGUUUGGUGGCACCCGAAGUUGAGAUUCAGCUGGAUUGAGGGCUCUGAAGUACCCGUAACGCAAAACUCACCCUGAGAGAGUCUUUCAGGCGUGGAAACCUGGUUAAGCAUUUCUUCUCUUCAGCCAUUGCCUUUUGAUAAGCGGUCAGCAGAAUUCCCAGUAGUUCCUUUGUAGCUUCCUGUAUGUUUUUCAUUAGACCUAGUUUGUGGAUAAUAUACUGUAGCUAACUUUCCUGAAAUUCUGUAACAGAGUAUGUUUUUGAUUAAAAAAGGUAAAGAUUCA